GAAGGAGAAGAGAAGGAGAAGAGAAGGAGAAGAGAAGGAGGAGGUGAGGUCGAAGUUGGAGGGGUCGUGCCUUCCCUUUCCGGAGCCAUGCCGGAACAGGAGAUAUGUUUACGCGUCCAGCUGCUGCCAGGAGACAAUCUCAACCUCAGGUCGUGUUUGUUUGUCUGCUGCUGGGAUUCUGGCCACGCCAGGCAUUGUUCGCCAUGGUUCCAUCCGUCCAAGACCGCCGGCGAGUCUACUUCGCGACGAGACAUAUCUUCUCCGGUGGAAGGGCCUCGCUACGAAAGCCAAAGAAGAUCCUGCAGGUACUCGAGACUCACCGCUGCUCCCUGCAGCCGCUGCUACGGGGGUACACGUUUGAGAAUAUCCUGGCCAUCCUCCACUCGCUUCUGGCUGACGACGUCUUCUCGUCUGUCGCCAAGGCGAAGAUCAGGUUCCCGGAGCUCUUCAUGGCCACACCUUCACCCCAAUCCCCCAAAGAGGCGACGGUUCUGAGGGGCAGCGCCGCUUCUCCUAUCAUCGUGGAGGGGGAAGAAGAGUCGCAGCAAGAAGCCCGGCCUAUCGCUCCCCGUCCGCUACAGGUACCCGAGAACAUACCGGUAGACAGACACAUCCAGACCCUCGCAUACGGCGCCCAGCAUGCGAUUCUCACCGUCGCGCAGACCUUGCUGGAAGAGGCGUGCUUCGCCUUCGCUAAGAAGUGGAUGCCUAACUUCCUCGAAAACCACAAAUGGGACUGCGCUGCGGCGAUCGAGCUGAGCUACUGGACUAAUAAUAUCUUGGGACACUGGGUGCAUGUGCUGCCUCGUACGGCCUUCAAUUCGACGGGGCAGACGAAUCUGGCGGCUGUCUUCCGGGCCACAAAUGAGCUGCGCCAUACCGCGGUGCAUCGGGUACGGGUUCCUGCCUAUCACAUCGGCAACCUGCUGCAGGACGCCAUCAAGAUGCUGGAUGCGUUGAAGGAUGACAGUCGCAAGGCACUCCUCGAAGACCUCCAUGCUGAGCUCGAGAGCAAGAGCGAGGCAAUGGCCUGCCAGCGGAUGCUGGUGGAAGAGAGCACCCAGGAAGAGCUGGCUGAGAUCCGUCAGCAACGCGCUGAAAUGGAUCGCAGGGAGCAAGAGAUCCUUGAGAAAUCGGACCAGCAGGAUGUUGAGAAUCGCCAACGUGUGGGCCGGCUGCUGGAGCGGUCGGUGAAAAAGAUGUUCACUCCCUGGCCAAGGUUUGGUCUCCAGAUGGACAGUUGUGAGGAUCACAAUCUCAGUGACUUUAAGCUUUUCAUGGAGGAGGAGUCGGAAGAUGAGGGGGGGUUGGGUGGUCUAGGAAAGGCGACUGAGGAUUCUACAGGCGAUGAGACUGUCGUGGGUAUGGAUGUUCCUGAGUAGUCUAUCGGGUCAUCUUUGUGUUAUACUGCCAUUGUACUCAGCUUGACCAGUACUCGAUAGUCUUACUCUCUUCAUCAGAGACACCCUCUACAGCACCGACAGACAAUAGAAUAAAUAACAAUAACGAUAACAAUAAAAAUGACGCCAGUGGGUAUUUCCAUUUCGGGACAGCCGGUGGAUCUCGUCUAUCCACCAAUCACAUCGACUCGCCAUACCCAGCGACACGCUAAGCCCAAACAGGACGCACCCCCAGAGCGAAAGAGCGA